AAAUUAUAAAUAUAAGCAAAAAUGCCACCGACCAUCAAUGGAGCACCACCGCCAAGCGAUAAAAGACCUCAAAGGCCCACAGACAGAAAAUCGGAAAUAAUAUGCCGCGUCAAAUAUGGUAAUAAUUUACCCGAUAUACCAUUCGAUUUGAAAUUCCUGCAAUAUCCUUUCGAUAGUAAUCGGUUCGUGCAGUACAAUCCAACUUCUCUGGAAAGAAACUACAAAUAUGAUGUGCUAACUGAACAUGACUUAGGUGUUACCAUCGAUCUCAUCAAUCGCGAUUUGUAUCAAGCCGAUCCAUAUGCCCAACUAGAUCCGGCUGAUGAAAAACUACUUGAAGAAGAUGUUCACACGCCCCAUGAUUCGGUGCGUUCCAAACAGCAUUCGCGUAGUGUUUCGUGGUUGCGUAAAUCCGAAUAUAUUUCCACGGAACAAACUCGUUUCCAACCUCAGAAUUUGGAGAAUAUUGAAGCUAAAGUGGGUUACAACGUUAAGAAAUCGCUGCGUGAGGAGACAUUGUAUUUGGAUCGUGAUGCCCAAAUCAAUGCCAUCCAGAAGACAUUCAGCGAUACCAAGAACGAAAUCACUAAACAUUACUCCAAACCCAAUGUGGUACCAGUGGAAAUUAUUCCUUUGUAUCCAGAUUUCAAGAAUUGGAAGUACCCAUGUGCCCAGGUUAUUUUCGACAGCGAUCCUGCGCCAGCUGGCAAAAAUGUUCCAGCCCAAUUGGAGGAAAUGUCUCAGGCUAUGAUUCGUGGUGUCAUGGACGAAAGUGGUGAACAAUUCGUGGCCUAUUUCUUACCAACUGAAUCAACAUUGGAGAAGAGACGUGUUGAUUUUGCCGACCAAGUCUUGUACAAGGACGAUGAAGAAUAUGAAUACAAAAUUGCCCGUGAAUACAAUUGGAAUGUCAAGAGUAAGGCGUCAAAGGGAUACGAGGAGAACUAUUUCUUUGUUAUGCGUCAAGAUGGUGUCUACUACAAUGAACUGGAGACCCGUGUACGAUUGAACAAACGUCGUAUGAAGGUUGGUCAACAACCAAGCAAUACUAAAUUAGUUGUGAAGCAUCGUCCAUUGGAGGCGAACGAACAUCGCAUGCAACGUUAUCGUGAACGUCAAUUGGAACCACCAGGUGAUGAUGAUGAUGAAGAAGAAUUGGAGGAGGAGGAAGAAGAAGAAGAGGAGGAGGAAGUUCAACAAACGCCAGCACCAGAUGAUGGUAAGGAUAAGGAAGAGGAACAAGUGCAGCGUGAAAGGAAAUCUCGCUCACGAUCCAAAUCAGCAAAAUCGCAAUCACGUUCAAGAUCAAGGUCACGUUCCGGUUCUGGCUCUUCAGAUAGGUCACGAUCGAGGUCGAAAUCUGGAUCAAGAUCCGGCUCUGGUUCGGAGGGAUCACGUGCUUCGUCUCGCUCCAAAUCUAGAUCACGCAGCCGAUCAAAAUCCAGAUCCAAAUCGAAAUCCAGAUCACGUUCAGCAUCGAGAUCGCGUUCUCGUUCACGGUCCCGUUCACAUUCAGGCUCUCGUUCACGUUCAGCCAGCCGCUCACGAUCACGCUCCAAAUCUGCUUCUAAAUCACCUUCCCGUUCUCGCUCUGGUACACCCAAUAGUAAAGCUGGCUCCAAUAAAUCGGGAUCUAGAUCACGUUCUAACACAAGAUCGAGAUCCCGUUCAAAGAGUGGUUCGCGUUCUCGUUCACGCAGUGCUUCAGGUUCAAGAUCACCAUCACGUUCACGCAGUAACACUCCCUCAGGUUCUGGAACAGCAUCAGGAAGCGGAAGUGGCUCCGAAGCAGAAGAUUAA